CGUCAUAGCACGACACACGUCAGGCUUUUGGUGGGAAUAUGAGUUCGCUUCUACGCACAUUUAACUUAAAAUUAAAAGCUUAAUUAUGUGUUAUGUGAUAUUUCAUGCAAUAUCAAAUUAAGCGGCUAUGUGUCAAGUAUAUAACAGUUUCAAAGAUUCAUGCGUAACAGCCGUUAAGGUGUAUUAAAAUUACCAGGCUAAUCAGGAAAAGUUCAUACUGCCUAUUGUUUGCUAGCAUGCUAUCACGUUAGCCAGCAGUCUGUCUGACGCUGACUAACAACAAAGUAGAUUUACUUUACUUUUCGAGGCUGAAUUUACUGCUACCAUAAGGACACUUUGUGUAGUUUAUGUUUUAUUAAUCGGCUACGGUAGCGCAUAGUGGCAAGGCAAGCGCCCGGAUGGUUUAUUUUCUUCACACUGGCUAAUUAAUCUGACUUUAACCUGUGAAAAUCAACAACAACAUGCCAGAAAUCAAGCUCAAGCACGUCGUGUCUUGCAGCACCGAGGACACUACUCACAAGGCAGACAACCUGCUGAGCUCUGACACCUACAGAAAAUGGAAAGCAGCAAGACCCGGGGAGAAGCAGACAUCAGUCAUUCUGCAGUUUGAGAAGGAGGAGCAGGUGCACAGCAUUGAUAUUGGAAAUGAAGGGUCAGCUUUCAUUGAGGUGUUGGUGGGGAACUCUUCAGCUGUCAGAGACCAGGACUAUGAGGUUCUUUUGGUUACGUCUUCCUUCAUGUCCCCCACGGAGAGCCGUAACGGCACCAACAUGAGCCGGGUGCGUUUCUUUGGGCCCCACCAGCUGCAGAAGAGCACAGCACAGGAGAAGUGGGACAGAGUGAAAAUUGUGUGUAGCCAACCAUACAGCAAGAACAUAGCAUACGGACUGGCCUUUGUUAAGUUUCAUUCCCCGCCUGACAAAAAUGAUCCUCCUUCAGCAACCCCUCCAAAACUGACAAAGCUGGGACAGUUCAAGGUGAAGGAGGAGUCUCCUUCAUCCGGGCCCAGCCUUCAGCCCGGCAGUCUCUUCUUCAAUCGGGACAAUGCAACAAAGUCCAACUCACUCAAGGUGUCUCCUCAGAGUCAGAAGCUAAGUUAUGCUGCUGCUGCCCUGCAGGCUGGUGGCAGCUCCCACUCGACAGGCCAAGCUUCCUCCGCCAGCUCUGCCUCACCUCAGCCACCAGCGAAAAGAAAAUUUGAGUUUAGCAAAGAGCGACAGUCUGCCUCUGGCCCCCCACCCUCCAAGAAAUUAAGCCCAGCCGUCUCACCUGAGAACAAAGCUGCCACUCCGAAACACAAGCCCAGCACAGCAAGUCCCAGCACUGCAAGAGCUUCCCCAGCACAGAAGUCUGUUGACAAGAAGCGGGAGAGCCAGUCCAAACCCGAACCUAAACCCAAACAUCAGAAAGCUAAAUCCCAGAGCAUGCAGCAGGUCCCAUUGAACCGGAUCAUGGAGGGGGUGGUGUUUGUCCUCAGCGGCUUCCAAAACCCGUUCAGAGGGGAGCUUAGGGAAAAGGCUCUGGACAUGGGAGCCAAAUACCGACCAGACUGGACACCUGACUGCACACACCUCAUCUGUGCCUUCGCUAAUACCCCCAAGUACAGCCAGGUGAAAUCAGCGGGGGGCAUCAUCGUACGUAAGGAAUGGGUAAUGGACUGUCAUAAGAGGAAACAGAAGAUCUCCUAUAAACGGUAUUUGAUGGAUGGAGCGGAGUCGAGCUCUGAGAGCGAAAUGGAAGUGGACGACCAGAGUGAAGAGGAAAUGAACACAAAGACUCCACAGAAGCAGGAGAGACAGGUGACCCCCAAAAAGACCCAGGAAAAGGGGAGUGAAGACGUAGAGUAUGCUGGCUCCACUGAUGCAGAUGAACCAGGAGGUGAUGAUGGUGACUCUGCUGUAGACACAGAGGACGAGCUGCAGAGGGUGGAGAACGAGAGCAGACAGAAGAACACAGCAGCAGAAGGGAAGGCGGUGAAAGAGGAGGAUCCAUAUGGGGGUUCGACAGAUGAAAACACAGACGCUGAGGCUGAAGAGGAUCAUCCCAUUCCUGAGCUACCCGACUUCCUGAAAGGAAAGCACUUUUUCCUCUAUGGUAAAUUCCCUAACAACGAGAGGCGCCUCCUGUUACGAUACAUUGUUGCCUUUAACGGCGUGAUCGAGGAAUACAUGACAGAGAAGGUGCAGUUUGUGGUGACCAGUGAAGGGUGGCACGACUCCUUUGAAGACGCGCUGAUGGAGAACAGCAAUCUGAACUUCGUAAAACCCACAUGGAUUUACGCAAUCAAUGAGCGACAAAAGAUGUUGCCCUAUCAACCCCACUCUGUCGUCCCCUGAAUAACAGAGUUUAUGCACAGAUGCACUCAUUUCAUAUCCUGACCAACAAGAAAUGGGGAAAGCCAUAGACACACGUUGACUUUUUUUUAUCUUCCCUCCCCUUCACUCACAUAAAAGCUAUGAACCACUUAUAGUCCUUUAAUGCCUUUAAAUUGACUUUAUACUUUCUAUUCAUGAAAUGUCUACGACCCUCAGAUGUUUUCACCACAGAUGUUCUUACCUUUUUGCCUAGCUGGAAAAAAAUUUAAUGGACACUGUUGAGGUUAAUGUUAGUAUUAGGUUUUGAUUUAUUAUUAGCUUUUUAUUUGUUGGUUCGACCUUGGUCAGAAAGUCAUCUUCAUCGCCUUUGUGCUGCUCAGUGACAUUGGCUUUAUGAGCAAAGCACAUGCUCUCUGAUUCAGGACUUUGAAUAUCUCAGUUCCUGUGCUGCAGUUUGCUGCUGCUCUCCUUGGCUACCUCAGGCUCUGUCUAGAAAUGAGUUAUCACCCUGUCCUGACGGCCAGCGGCACUGAUAAGACUCUUAAGUUGCGUAAGCGGGAAGACCAUGAUGAGACCAGCCCAAAGUCAGGUGAAAGGUGUCAGCUAUUGAAGACUGCAGCCAACAAAUGCAAAAAAAAUCAGGACAGCUCAGUUUUAGAAAUGAAAAUGAAUCCUGGGGGACUGUUUGUUUUUCUCCUUUUUAUUUUAUUAAAUGUCAUGAGUGGUAAAGUGAUGGAUUCCUGUGUGUUGUUAAAUUUGGAUAAAUCUGAGUUUGUGUUGUAUUCAUGUCUGGGUUUUAAUAUUACAAGAGAUGGACUGUCUCAAAAGAUGUGAGGAUGUGAAACAGACGUCAGUCUUUUGAGUCACUCAAGAUUUUCAAAAUGCUUCUUAAGAUGUGAGGACAUGUCGGGCUUACUGUCUUUGGCUGCUUGCUUGCUUGUCUAAAGCAGCUUGUUGAAGAUAUUAAAGUUUUUUUGUUAUAGAAGUUAAUUAUUAUGUAUAAAUAAAAAUAGGUUUUGAAUUAAA